CUAGCAUUUGAUGGUUCAUGGUUGUUCCAACACUUCUCUAUAACACCAACUGGUCGCGCCAAUCCCCGACGACACGGCUUCGAGAAGUGUAUGAAAGUCUCCUGAGAGCUACUAAAGACGGUGCUUUGGGGUCAAACUGGUGUUCUGCGCUCAGGAACCGAGCCUUGACACCUUCAAAUCACUACCUAUCGCCCUGCGCCCCGGUCACAAGGACAGUUUGUCCCGUCUGCUCGACGCUCGCCUCGUCCCUGGGCUGUGACUCCGGUCAACAACGCAACCACCGGAUUUCCGGGCUUCUAACCUGCGCCUGAACUUGCGAGCGUCGUAUUUGCCGCAGGAUGAGCGGACUUGCCCAGCUCGUCGCGCCCAGAGAAGCUCCCGUCUCGCCAGCACUCGGGACUCCUUCGGCUCGACGGAACCCGCUGCUCUCCUCGCGCAUGCAAUACCGGAGCCGCCCGGUGUCGGUGGCUGUCGAUCCAGUCUCCCUCGUCAUAUCCGAGUGCAUAGCCAUUACUUCGGCCAUCCAGAAACAUGCCCGGUCCCCGCACUCGUCCGUCUCGGCCAUUCUCGGCGGCAGCCCCAACCUCAUCCAACUCGUUCCUCCCGGCCCCGGCACGCGGCACCGCAGGUCAGCUUCCGGUGCGCACACAGAUGGUGCCGGCGACCUCGCGGCGAACAGGUGGGGGUUGCGGGGGAAGAAGGGCAAAAGCAUGCAGGAUAACCCGCUGAUCUCCGGAUUUGGGAGGUUGCGACAAGAGCUGGCCGGCGUCAAAGAUAUACACAGAUUCGACUCCCUGGUGCUACUCUACCCCUUCCUACAGAUCAUCCAAGCGAAGGGUACCGCCGCUCCUGUUACGAUCCUUGCGCUGAGGGCCAUCCAGAAAUUCCUCGCUUACGGUUUUGUCGCGCCCAUGUCCCCCCGCUUUGCGCUCGCCAUGCAGUCAUUGUCUGCAGCCAUCACCCACUGCCAGUUCGACAUUAGCGAUCCGGCGCAAGAGGAGGUGGUCCUGCUAAUGAUCCUGCAUCUGAUGGAGGAUAUGUUGUCGGGACCGGGCGGUGAUAUACUAAGCGACGAGAGCGUCUGUGACAUGAUGGGGCGCGGCCUGACCAUUUGCUCGCGGCCGAGGUUUUCGGAGGUGUUGCGCCGGACCGCCGAGGCUUCGAUGGUGCGUAUGGUGCAGAUCAUAUUCGAAGAUCUGAAGCACCUCGAAGAGGAGGCCGGUGAGGAGAGCGAGGCGCUGGACCGACAGACGAGCGGGGACAUGGACACUGUCAACAUGGAUCCUGCUACUAACGGGACCGAUGUUCCGGCGGUUGCGGCUGAAGUGGCUGAGGUCAGUGAGUCGAGUCAGGCGGCCGAGCCCGCCGCCGAGGAAGCGAGGCCGUCGUCAAGCUCGGAGAAGCCCAGCAGUAGUUCAGAAACGCCUAGGAGUCCAAGCGCGGACGUUGGCCGGCCGAGCACAAGCUCGGUUACUGAAAGCGCCGCAUCGGUUGACCUGCGGCCAUAUUCCCUACCGUCCAUCCGGGAGUUGUUCCGGGUGCUGGUCAGCUUCCUUGAUCCUCACGACCGCAGACAUCCCGACCAGAUGAGAGUCAUGGCUCUGCGCAUCAUUCACGUGGCGCUUGAAGUAGCAGGCCCAUCAAUCGCCCGGCAUCCCGCGCUGGCGACGAUUGCGGAAGACCAGCUCUGCUGCUACCUCUUCCAGCUCGUGCGGUCCGACAACAUGGCCGUCCUCCAGGAGGCCCUGAUCGUGGCCGCCACCCUGCUCUCGACCUGCAGGGGUGUGCUCAAGUUGCAACAGGAGCUGUACCUCUCGUAUCUUGUGGCCUGCCUACACCCAGCGGUCGAAAUCCCCAGGGAACCGGGCAUCGACCCAAGCCUCUACUCUGGCAUCCCACAGUCGCCCAAGCUGGUGAAGCCGCCAGCAUCACAAGCCAGCAGUGGCCGCUCCACGCCUGUGCCCGUUAAGGACCGCCAGAAGCUGGGGCUGGAGGGUGGUGCUCGCAAGCCGGAUGCGCGGCAGGCCAUGGUGGAGAAUAUCGGCGUCCUCGCCCGGAUGCCGACGUUCAUGGUUGAGCUAUUCGUCAACUACGACUGCGACGAAGACCGCGCGGAUCUCUGCGAAGACUUGAUUGGGCUGCUCUCGAGGAACGCGCUCCCGGACUCUGCGACCUGGAGUACGACGAGUGUCCCCCCGCUCUGUCUCGAUGCAUUGCUCCGGUUUAUACAGUUCACUGCCGAGAGGCUAGACCAGACUCCGGAAACUGACGGGUAUCCUGACCCGGAGCUGCUGAGGGAGAGGCGGCGCAGGAAAAGGCUCAUCAUCAAAGGAACAAACAUGUUCAAUGAGAAACCCAAAGGGGGGCUGGCCUACCUACAAGAAAAAGGCGUGAUCGAAGAUGCCGCGGAUCCGUUGUGCGUUGCCAAGUUCUUGAAAGGCACUUCGAGGAUAAACAAGAAGAUCCUCGGCGAGUUCCUGUCCAAGAAGGGCAACGAGGCGAUCCUGGAUGCGUUUAUCAACCAGUUUGACUUUACGGGCAAGCGGGUAGACGAGGCGCUUCGAGCCCUUCUCGAAACCUUCCGUCUGCCCGGCGAGUCUGCAUUGAUUGAGCGUAUCGUCAACUCGUUCGCCGAUAAGUACUGCUCUAGUUCAGUCCCCGAAGGGAUAACGAACAAGGACGCCGUCUUCAUCCUCACGUACGCGAUCAUCUUGCUGAAUACCGACCAGCACAAUCCACAGGUCAAGCCACAGGCACGCAUGAAGUUCGACGACUUUUCCCGCAACCUCCGCGGACAGAACGGUGGCGAAGAUUUCCCCACUGAGUACCUGCAGGAUAUCUUUGACGCCAUCAAGACCAACGAGAUCAUUCUUCCGGAUGAGCAUGACAACAAGCACGCCUUUGACUAUGCUUGGAAGGAGCUCUUGCUCAAGACAGAGGCGGCAGGCCGGCUCGUGAUGUGCGACACCAGCAUCUACGACGCCGACAUGUUCGCCACCACAUGGAACCCCAUCGUCUCGUGUCUCUUCUUCGUCUUCAUGUCGGCCACCGAUGAUACUGUGUAUGCCCGUGUCAUCACUGGUUUCGACGAAUGCGCCCGCAUCGCGACGAAAUACGGCAACGCGGAGGCGCUGGACGAGAUCAUCUACCGGCUGAGCUACAUCUCGACGCUGGGCAGCGAGGCACUCUCGAACACGUCGCUCAACACCGAGGUGCAGGUUGGGGACAAUAGUGUCAUGGUGAGCGAGCUCUCGGUCCGCUUUGGGCGAGAUGUCCGGCCGCAGCUGGCUACGCUGGUGCUGUUCCGUGUCAUUACCGGCUCGGAGCAUGUCAUCAAGCAGAGCUGGAAGCAUAUCAUCCGGAUAUGGCUCAACCUCUUCGUCAACUCGCUUAUCCCCCCCUUCUUCUCUACCGAGGCCGACAAGCUCGCGUUGCCGCCGAUCCCCUUGCAGCCGCCGUCGCAAGUGAUUGACCGAGGCGCCAAACAGAACGAAUCUGGUCUCUUUGCGGCGUUCACGUCGUACAUUUCGAGCUAUGCCGCCGACGACCCUCCUGAGCCGUCGGAUGAGGAGCUGGAGAGUACGCUGUGUACCGUGGACUGCGUGAACCAAUGCCACAUGGGUGAUGUGUUUGCCAACAUUGCCCUCCUCCCCAGCAACAGCCUCGAGGCCUUAGUCGACACUCUGCUGGAACAGAUCCCGGAGGAUGUUGGGUCAACCGUGAUCACCGUGAAGACGGAAAACAUUCCCCCAUCCCAAUCCCAAGCCAACGGGCAGAAGUCGUGGCAUAGCAGCGCUGUGUACGAUCCUGCUCUAGUCUACAUUCUCGAGUUCUGCACGGUACUGGCGCUCCGCGAUGAGAGCACGAUAGAGUUGCUGGGCAAGCGCGUGGUAGAAGCUGUCCAGGCCAUUUUGAGAGACGUGUCCCGAUACCACCCGAUUCUCAUCGAACGGGCGACCUUUUACCUGUUCAACUUGCUCCAGGCCAGCUAUGACUUCGACUACGUCCGUGUCCCCGUCCUGCUGCACACCGUAUCGAGCUUCCCCAGCGAUACCCUGCCCAAAGCUUCCGGCCUCAUACUACGCGGUCUCAAGAUCUGCACGGAAAAACCGUGCCCGCUCCGGAACGAGAUCAUGACGUCGCCUGAUUUCUGGGUCAUCCUGCAGACUCUGGCUGCACACCCCGACUCGGCCCCGGCUGUGUUUGAGAUCCUAGAAAGCGGCGUCUCGGGCACUCCGUCGGCCAUCAUGGCGGACAACUACGAGGCCGCCCUGGCGCUGCUGAACGAGUUCGCUUCCAUGGCGAGUGUGGGUGCGGCGGCAGAGCAGAAGAAUGAUCGGAAGCAAGGGAGAAAGGGCGGAAGGCCUGUCAAGCAGGAGAAGCCUAGCGAGAAUGCUGUUGUUGAACGCGGCGUCAAGGCCCUCAACAACAUUUAUCGCAUGACAGCACGCAUCCCGCACCUGAUGAAGCAGUCGCAUCUGGAGAGCAGCGAAGCGUGGUCUGCCUACUGGCUUCCGGUCUUCCAGGCGCUCACCACACAGUGCACCAACCCGUGUCGCGAAAUCCGCCACCUGGCCUUCAGCUCGCUGCAACGAUCCCUCCUCUCGCCCGAACUGACUUCGGGCGACGAAGAGCACCGCGAGUGGACAGCCAUCUUCAGCGAGGUGCUCUUCCCGCUGAUCCUGCGGCUGCUCAAGCCCGAGGUGUUCUCCUCGGACCGCGACGGCAUGAGCGAGACCCGCGUACAGGCGGCGUCGCUGCUAUCCAAGGUGUUCCUGCAGUACCUGGUCAUGCUCUCCGAGUGGGACGGCAUGCUGGACCUGUGGCUAAAAAUCAUCGAGAUCAUGGACCGGUUGAUGAAUAGCGGACAGGGAGAUAGCCUGGAGGAGGCUGUGCCUGAGAACCUGAAGAAUGUGCUCCUGAUCAUGUCGACCAACGGGUACCUCGUACCGCCGAGCCAGAACCCGGCAAGGGAAGAGCUGUGGAACGAGACGUGGAAGAGGAUCGAUCGGUUCCUGCCGAACUUGAGGGCUGAUCUGGCUUUGGACGAACCUGAACCUGAACCUGAACCUGAACCUGUGAAGGCCGAGGAGCCGCCCAAAUCUGCCGGUCUGUCGCCGGCCGCAGAGGAGGAGCAGGCGAAGGCGCAAGAAGUGGUAUGACACGGUUCUUGGUUGAGACGGGGGUGAUACCAGCAUGAGAGAGCGUGUCGUUGGGAGCUGCGUGGACAAAGGGGAGGUGUGGUUUUGAUGUUCUGCAUGUGUCGGAGUUUGCUAGGGCGGUUUUCUACUGUGGUAGCUACUAUGGGGUGCGAUAGAACAAAAUAGAGUGUGACGGAGCGUUCCUACGCACGACGGCCUCGCAUUAGCGGAGGGUUUCAUUCAGUUCUCGAUUGGAUCAUUGGAUACUAUCCGUACUGUGGUAUGUACUUGUACUACGAUACGAACAUACCCCGCCACGCCCUGUCCAAAA